AUGUCAGACUCUGGGGCCAAUGAUCUGUUGGAAGCUCUAGCAAAAGAUACAAAUCCAGAUGCUGUGCAGAGUACAUCUUCUCGAAGACAGUUACGACGACGAAACUCCUUGACAGCUGCAACUGACUUUACCUCGUCGCAUUUGGGGGCCGAGUCCUCGUCAGAACGGCCAUUGGCACUCAUACAUGGGUCUUCUUCAACAUCUGAAGCAAGCAAAUUAGAUGAUCCUUCCGUUGCUGAAUAUCCUGAAAGUUAUUUAAAUGCAGCAGAUGAAGUUAGCUCAUUGUCAUCCUUUAUAGGUUCAGACGAAUCAUCGAGCGACUCCGAGCUAUCUCCGGUUCAGCUCUUGAGUGAUCUGAUGACAAAUGUAUUUGAUCCAUCUUCUCUAGACCGAGUAGUAGUACUCCAGGCACAAUCAUCAGGUAUGGUUCAUGCAAAAACCCGUGAAGUACAACAACUUCACCUACAAGCUACAGCCCGUCUUGAAGAGAUCAAACAAACAUUUUCCCAAGAUCUUAAAGCUGCUAAGCAACUAGUGAAAGAUCUCGAAUGGACACAACGAAGACUGGCAGCUGCUAUCAAGAAAGCAAAAGUGGUAUAUCCUAUAGAGUACGCACAGGCAGUAGAAAAGAUCAAACCUUAA